UCUGAAAUGUACCAGGACAAGAAGCAGCCCACAAUUGCUCCAAGCCUCAGUUUAGGAGAAGCACUUUAUCCAAGAGGAUCAGCUCCCCUCAAUGUGUCCUGCCUAUAACUACUAGCCAAACUGCCUCUUGACACUCAACUCUGAUCUCAGCCACUUAAAGGACUUGGCUUCCGAGGAGACCUAUCAUCUCCCAAAAUGGCAAGGUUCCUGGAUUUCAGCCAUAACCACUGUUUGGUCGCAUUAUUCCUCGCUGUGUACCUGAGCCAUCUAACCCUUGCCAUGUAUGGACACUGGCCGUACAAUCCUUACUACCAACAUGACCAACCUCAGUAUCAGCAUCAGCACUACCAAGGAACCCCUGCUCCCAAAAUCCACCUGCGACUGGCAGGCCAGAAGAGGAAGCACAAUGAAGGGCGAGUGGAGAUCUUUUACAACUCGGAGUGGGGUACAGUAUGCGAUGACGAUUUCACCAUCCAUGCUGCACAUGUGGUCUGCAGGGAGCUGGGCUACAUGGAGGCUGUUUCUUGGAUCCCUAGUUCCAAAUAUGGCAAGGGAGAAGGCAAAAUUUGGAUGGACAAUGUCUACUGUACUGGCAGAGAAACAACGUUAGCUCAGUGUAGAUCAAAUGGUUGGGGCGUAUCAGAUUGCAAGCACACUGAGGAUGUGGGUGUAGUUUGCAGUGAAAAGAGAAUCCCAGGCUUCAAGUUUGAUGACUCCUUGCUCAACCAAAUAGCGCACAUGAAUAUCCAAGUGGAAGACGUUCACAUACGGCCCAUCCUUGCUACCUUCCGCAAGCGCAUCCCUGUCACUGAAGGUUAUGUGGAAGUGAAAGAAGGAGGCGUUUGGAAACAGAUCUGUGAUAAAAACUGGACGAUUAAAAAUUCUCAUGUGAUCUGUGGCAUGUUUGGAUUUCCCAACGAGAAGAAGUACAAUGCCAGAGUUUACAAGAUAGCAGCAAGCAGAAGAAAACACAGAUACUGGGCUUAUUCCAUGGACUGCACAGGCACCGAAGCCCAUAUCUCCAGCUGCAAACUGGGUAACCGCAUCAGUACAACUGAUGGGAAUGUUACCUGUGAGAGUGGGAUGCCAGUGGUGGUCAGUUGCAGCCCUGGACGUGCCUUUGCCCCCAGUAGUCAUGGUGGUUUCCGCAAAGCUUUCCGGCCAGAGCACCCGCUGGUGAGGUUAAAGGGUGGUGCCAAGAUUGGAGAAGGACGCAUUGAAGUGCUGAUGAACGGGGAAUGGGGAACCAUUUGUGAUGACCACUGGAACCUUAUUUCAGCCAGCGUGGUCUGCCGAGAGCUGGGCUUUGGGACUGCCAAGGAGGCUAUUUUGGGUGCCAGGCUGGGGCAAGGUAUGGGUCCCAUUCAUUUUGGUGAUGUGGAUUGCACCGGUGUGGAAAAGUCCAUCACAGACUGUAAGUUCAACUCCCAGUUAAGGAGGUGCACCCAUGAAGAAGAUGCAUCUGUGAGAUGUAAUAUCCCAGAAAUGGGUUUCCAAAACCAGAUACGAUUGAGCGGUGGUCGCACGCCCUAUGAAGGCCGGGUGGAAAUCAUGCGGGAGGACAAUGGCACACUUAAAUGGGGGACGGUCUGUAGCGACGGGUGGGGGAUCAUGGAAGCCAUGGUGGUUUGUCGACAGCUGGGCCUUGGCUAUGCCGACCACGCUUUCCAGGAAACCUGGUACUGGUAUGGAGAUGUCAGUGCUGACAGUGUUCUCAUAAGUGGGGUGAAAUGUUCUGGAACAGAAAUGGCCCUGUCGCACUGCCGGCACGAUACUCAGGUGAACUGUCCCAGGGGCGGCGGACGCUACGCAGCUGGAGUGUCCUGUACAGAGACUGCAGCAGACCUUGUCCUCAAUGCCAAAGAAGUGGAGUACACUUCAUACCUCGAAGACCGCCCAAUGUUCAUGCUGCAGUGUGCCCUGGAGGAGAACUGCUUGGCCUCUUCGGCUGCCAACACAUCUAUUUCUACUGGCUUCAGAAGGCUCCUGCGUUUCUCCUCCCAGAUCCACAAUAACGGACAGGCUGACUUCCGUCCCAAGAGUGGACGCGAUUCCUGGAUUUGGCACGAGUGUCACAGGCAUUAUCACAGCAUGGAGGUGUUCACGCAUUAUGAUCUCCUGGACCUGAAUGGAACCAAAGUGGCUGAAGGACACAAGGCCAGCUUUUGCCUAGAAGACAGUGACUGCACAGAUGGUGUCCAGAAGCAGUAUGAAUGUGCCAAUUUUGGGGAGCAAGGGAUCACUGUCGGAUGCUAUGAUGUGUACCGGCAUGAUAUCGACUGCCAGUGGAUUGACAUCACAGAUCUCAAACCAGGAGAAUAUCUCUUCCAGAUCAUUGUCAAUCCCAACUUCGAAGUGGCAGAGUCUGAUUAUUCCAACAAUGUCAUGAAAUGCAAAUGCAAAUAUGAGCUUCACCGUGUCUGGGUGUACAACUGUCAUAUAGCCAACUCCUACAGUGAUUCAAUAGAAGAGCAAUUUGAUCAUUACAAUGGACUUAUGACCAACAUGGUGUCUUAAUCUAGUUUUUAAGGAAGACGGAAUUGCCUUUUUCCCCAUGAUUUCCCAAACCACUGCUCAGAAAAUGAAAAGUAAUCAAGCAAACAACUAUGAACUUUUAAAAUUAGCUUUGUAAGUUAUUUUCAGGGUUGUGUUCCGCACCUCCUUUACGGUGUUCAGCAGCAACAGGGGUUGACUCUCAUUUCACAUUACUUCUAGCAGAGAUAUUUUGCAAUGCCAUCCAUGUUCAAUGUGCACCGCAAGCUCUCCUGCCACUUUUGAACACAACAGACAGGCAGGAGCACCAUCUUGUGGACAACCCGCAUGAAGAUGUCUGAUGUUGCAUAACUAUCACUUCCCCCAAAGGAACUUCUGCAGCUUCUUGUUCUAUUUUGGUAGGAUUUGAAAAUCUGACUCUGCACUACUGAUGCAGAAUGAAGGACAAGUGCAAGUCUUGAGCAUUAUGCCAAUUCUCCUGGACUGACAUAACUCCUCCAGUCUUUCUCCAAGAGCACCUUUUGACAGCCAGCUUUGACCGAAGGUUUGAUAAUGGCAUGAUAGAAAAAUGUUGCUCAAGUCAUUCCCUGUAUCUUGGUUUUCAACGCCACUAGCCUGUGAUUUCCCCCCUUUAACACAGUAACUCAGUGCCUUCUCCCAUUCAGAAUGACAAUCAAAUGCAUUUUGCAAAGAUACUAACCAUCCAAGCCAGUCCUCUCCUUCUCUCGUUUUAUCCUUUUUCUUUUGUGGAUGGGAGCAAAGAAUUUUUUUAAAAAAUCAAAUACAAACACAUUACUAAAUGCAUAAUGGUGCUAGGCACAUGUACCUCUGUUUGUUUGAGGUCAUGCAUUGCUACUACAAUCUACACCUACUUGAAUAUGCUUUUAAAAUAUGUUUUUGUCCACUGGAAAGAGAGAAUGGAUGCAAUUUAUUUUCAGUGAACAAAGCCAAGUGGUAUCAUUUUUUAUUUUUCAACUCCUCUGUUGCAUGGUUAAAGGAGGAUACUGGAUGGUAGGGGUCAUUUAGAUUUGCUUCACUGGAAUGGAGUUUCUAGUCCAGUAUGUUUCCAAAAGCAGGAACCUAGGUGUUCCUUGCAUGCUUAGGAAGGACAUAAAGAAGGAGGCCUUCUCCUAAACAUCUAUCUGGUGAUGAGCUAUACUGCCUCUGUCCCUGGAGGCUCUGUUCAGCUAGCAUAGUUACUAGCCCAUGCUAGGUGCCCUGUCUGUAUUGGCACAAUUCACUGGAUACCUAAAGCAUAGGCAGAGAACGUAAAAACGAAUUGGGUCUUUCCCUUCUUCAGAACCUAUUCUGUAGCCAACUUUGCUACAUGUGAAGUCGGAGGAACCAACCUUCCCUGACUGGAGAACUGAACUAUCUAUCCACAUCCAAGGUGCUAUCAAUGUUUUCUUGUCCACUACUGCAGAGAUUUCAGCAAGCUGGGUUCGUAUGUCUAUUCAGAGAUUCUUGUGAAUAUUUCACAGCAACCCAUUGCUCUCUUCCUCCAUUUCCACCAGCAAAACGGAAGCAAGAAUUGGCUAGACAAAUUUAUUUGGAGAAUGAAUGACGCUGUAAGAGGUACUUUGCAGACUUGGUGCUACAUGAAUUAUGUUUCCUGUCUGGGUUUUUUGCAGUAAUGUAGAAGACCUUCAGCAUUUCUUUUCUCCAUGUAUAACCUACCUCGCAGGGCUUUUGUGAGGCUAAUGGGCAAAUCAUGCAACUAUGCUUGGGCUGGCCGAGUUCAGCAUGAGAUAGGUGUCAUUUAACUUGCCCAGGAGUCAAAGCUAGUAGUUUGGCAUGUCACCCAUGUUGCUGCAGCAUACAAAACCAGGAGUACCAAUGGUGAACAGAUCAAAUCCAGCCAUUGAGCUGUUACUGUAUGUGUAGUUGUGGGGUGGUAAGAAAGGUCUGGAUAGCU